CCAUCCCGCAUCAUCCCAAGGUUCCUUCAAACUUCCAACACACGCGUCCUACACUUCCUUACUCAUUCCACGAUGCCCGGAAACAGAGAGUACCACAUAGAUAACGAGACCCGUACGGCCUUACAGACUAAGACCGGCGUACGAUUUCUUCUCCGCGCCAAGCUGAAGGCCGAAUCUCGACACUCUUCGGAUGUCAUCCCUUGGGCACAAAGCCUCUCGGAAAAGGUCACCAGGGCCGUGGCGGAAGCAGCCGGGCACCAACUGACCCAUUUCGCCAUACAGUUAAACGUGAUCCAGCUGCUAAGCCACCGGCCGUACGCGCUCAUCUGCUACGAUCUCUUCCUCCAUAAAUGCGACGAGGAAGUACGAAGCCAGUUCUCACAAAACCCCUAUCAGCCAAUCCACGAAAUCAUCAAGCGGGGAAACAGCUGCUAUAUUAUCAGGAGCAAGCGACUAGACGAUAUAGUGGCAAACGAGUACAAGCACCGGCAGGAGUGCGAUAAUGGCCCGCGGCUGUACUUUGCGGAUAGCCUCUAUCCGCCCCUAUAUGUCGACGGGAGGCGAGUCGAGUGGUCUAAGGAUGGAACGCGCGAUCCCGACGAGCCGGAAGGAUGGGACUGGGAGCGGCGUUGGGUGUUCGGGCCGGAAGAGGAUGAGUUGAAGGGGGGCGGGGAGGAGGAGUGACCUCGGGAAAAGUUGGUGAGAGAGGGGCAAGGGUCUUUCAUUCUCACAAGCAAGUAGAAGAGCGUACUUUUAUUGAGUGGUCAAUUUCGGUGGCCGAGAAUGGCGUGCGAGAUGAGGUUAGGUAGGAUAUACUGUCAAACUGAUUUCAUCGAAUGUAUAUGUACACUUUAGAUAUCUUAUGCUAUUUCACCCAAGCUUCCGCCUAAAAUUUAAUAGUCGGCACUGCAGUUAGUCA